GUUCAUUCUAAACGUGGACAAAACAAUUGUUGAAAUGAUGAAGAUCCUGGGCUAUGAAUCCAGGGAUAUCUAUUCAGGCCUUGAAAAGGGAAAUAAACACUUACAAAGUGUCUACAACAAAUUGCUUAAAGAGAAACGAGAGGCUGCUAAAUUCCUUAACUCUGCUGCUAAAUCAUAAAAACAGAAAAUGGAAGGGGCACCUAAGCAGAAAUUUAUAGUUGAUGUGUAUUCUCUAGUCAAGAAAAACGAGGACCUUUACCGACUAAUUAAAUAAACUAAAAGAAAACAUAAGAUUUCAGGAAAAAGUCAUCACUGACAAAAAGAUACAGACAUUGGAGAAGAAAGUGGAAGAGAUGGAGUUUUUGGUACAGCAGAGGAAUAGGAGCAAGAAGAAAAAGGCAAAACCUCCGGUGAGGCGGAAGAAGAGCUCUCUGGUAAGGUCGAUUAGAAAAGAUUUUCAAAAACAGAUUACGGGUAUCUCAGUAAACACUUUUCACAAAAGCUCUGAAGUGGACAUAACUUCAUGCAAGAACAACACUGUUUCUCGGGAGGAUAAUUUCAAUAGCUUGAUAGAGUCUAACAGAGAACAGAAGAUAAUGAACAAAAGGAUAAAAUUAAUGAAAGCAAAGACUAAGAUAACCUUCUUAAACGCUAGUAUCAAUAAGAAAUCAGAAAAUAGACUGAGCCCUUCUGAGAGAAGAAGUCGAAGCAGAAGCAAUAAGAAAACCCUCUCUCCUUAUAGUUGGAGGACUAAAAACAAAAGCAGUACAGCAGCAGAACUUCUGCUGGCAACGAGCCGUAUGAUGAAUUUUCGGUUAAAAUAAAAGGAUUAAGAGAUCAAUGGGAGCAUUGCUCGCAUUCAUCGAGUUCGUUUCAAGGAAGGAUCUUGAAUCUGCAGUUUGUGAAAACGAAAUGAAACUUGAAAGAGUCUUUGACUGUGAAAGAGUGUGCAUAUUUACGAAAGAUUUAAAAGGACACCUAUGAUUGUUGGAUUGGAAAAAUAGGAUAAACCCUAACAGCUUUGUUUUCUCUCAAGGAAAGGAUUAUAAUACUAAAAAAUAUUAUGCCCCUGAGAGUACUCACAAGAUAGGGGAAUGUUUUAAAAAGAGAGUUGAGAUAAAUUUGAGCAAAUCUAGAGAGUAUGAUGACUACCCCAUCUAUGGCGAUAUUAUUAUCAGAAAGGUUAUUAAUGGCUAUCUCGUUCCCAUCAUUGACUUGAACACCAAAGAGACUCUUGGAGUUCUGGGUCUAUUUAACAAGAUCAAGUUCCAAGGUUUCAAUGAAGAUGAGAAAUCCAUUGCUACUCUAACUGCAAAGUUUCUUGCAGGAGUAAUUUCUAUAUAUCACAAGAAGGAUAAAGUAGAGACUAUUGAAAAUAAAUCUAUUACACUCAUUGAAAGCUGAUACCGAUUGUUCUUAUCCUUUGACUUGGGUGGACUUGUUAUAACUUCUCAAGAUAUCUUCAGAAAUAUGACAAAAUAAUGAAAAUGUGUUGAUUCAUUUGCUGAAUCAUAACAGUACAAAGCUAGUAACUUACCAUAAAGAAAAUAGGUCUGGCUACUAUUCAAAGGAGAAAUCUAUUGAAUGUGGCAUAGUAGGCCAGACUAUAAAGAAAUUAAGACUUUUUGGACCUUUGCUUCCGGAGAGAAGUGAAUUUUAUGACCCACUCUUUGAUCUUGAUACAUCAUUUCCUUUAGUAUCAAUGCCAAUAAAAUUCGGGAGUUCAAGUAAGGUGAUAGGAGUCCUUCAAUUUGCGUAUCCUCAGGCACUGCUUGAUCUAAACUCUGAUAAAACCAUUACAGAGCUAGAUUAUAGGAAAUGUAACAAUGACCACAAGUAUAUUGAGAUAUUUCUCAAGUAUUUCGCAUGUGCUGUAAUCUCUCUAAAGCUAUAAUUCAGUGUCAAUUUGAGAUGUA